AUCUCGACAGACAAAAAGACAUCAACCAGCCACAGUUGCUUUAUUAUGGGCCAAUCGUUGCAUAUGCAAUAACAUUAUGUUUACAGCAUGCUGGUCUUGUAGUAGUAGCCAAGCAGCUAGGUCUAAGUGUUUGGCUUUCACGCUAGGCCUACUAGAAAUAGCCUGUUACCGGUUAGGUUAGGUUGGUUGUCCGUCUGACAGCUCUUCUUCCUAUGUUUUCUAAACAAGGUGACAAUGGGCACAAGCUGAUUAAUAUGACCAAGUCCAUGGAGUCAGAGGGGAAGACAGAUGACGAGCGAAGCCUCAUCAGGACUUCCGCCGACCAAAGCAUUAAUACCCCAGACUCUGAUCAUGUCACGGGCUUCAAGGAUGCUACUCAUUCAUUCGUCUACGUCUUGUCCUUUUUCUCCGCCCUUGGUGGCUUUCUGUUCGGAUAUGACACUGGAGUGGUGUCUGGGGCCAUGCUCCUGCUCAAGAAAGAGAUGAAUUUGAGUGCACUAUGGCAGGAGUUACUGGUCUCCAGCACGGUGGGCGCUGCGGCGCUAUCUGCUCUGGCUGGCGGGUACUUAAAUGGACUGUACGGGCGACGAGUCUGUAUCUUGCUGGCAAGCUUUAUUUUCACUGUCGGUGGCCUUAUGUUGAGUUUAGGUCCGAACAAAGAGGUUCUACUUCUUGGGAGAUUAAUAGUUGGACUUGGGAUAGGGAUCGCCUCUAUGACAGUGCCGGUUUAUAUCGCCGAGGUUUCUCCGCCACACCUCAGGGGACAACUGGUUACCCUCAACACCCUGUUCAUCACUGGUGGCCAAUUUAUUGCCAGUAUUGUUGAUGGAGCUUUCAGCUAUCUGCACCAUGGUGGCUGGAGGUACAUGUUUGGCCUCUCAGUGGUACCAGCUCUGCUGCAGUUCCUUGGCUUCCUCUGCCUCCCUGAGAGUCCACGCUGGCUCCUCCAGAAGGGACUCCUCCAGAAGGCCCGGCAGGAGCUCAGCAAGAUCCGAGGAACUGCACACGUGGAUGAGGAAUAUGAUGCCAUUAAGACCAGCAUUGAAGCUGAGAGGGAUUCUGGAGGAGAUGGUCCAGUGCUCUGUCGUAUCCUGGCCAGUCCCCCAGUGCGACGGGCCCUGCUUGUUGGAUGUGGGCUUCAGAUGUUCCAACAGCUGUCUGGGAUCAACACAGUCAUGUAUUAUAGUGCCACCAUAUUGCAGAUGGCAGGUGUGCGGGAUGAUAAAAUGGCCAUUUGGCUAGCAGCGGGCACUGCUGGCACCAAUUUCCUCUUUACUCUGGUGGGGGUGUGGCUUGUGGAAAGGGUUGGGCGCCGGAAAUUGACUCUGGCCAGUAUUGUUGGUACAGCUUUGAGUUUGGCUGUGCUGGCUGUUGGGUUUCUGUUGUCCGCCCAGUUGUCUCCCCCAGUCAAUUUCCAUCCCAUCGGCCCUGUUCUGAACUCCUCCUGCACACAGUACAGUUUCUGUGAGCCCUGCAUGCUUGAUCCAGAUUGUGGUUUCUGCUACCGGGAGAAUGGCACGUCUUUGUUUGACACAUCUUGUGUCUCUGUCAAUCAAGCCAACACCGAGGAGGCCUCAUCGGGCAGGUGUUCCAAUUCCUCUCAGGAAAAUUCUGGGAUAUUCUGGGCUUAUAAUUAUUGCCCUACUCCCUACUCAUGGGUUGUCCUGCUGGGACUUAUUCUGUACUUGGUCUUCUUUGCUCCUGGUAUGGGACCUAUGCCCUGGACUGUCAACUCUGAGAUCUAUCCUCUGUGGGCAAGGAGUACAGGAAAUGCUUGUUCAGCUGGCGUCAACUGGACCUGCAACGUCUUGGUGUCUCUGACAUUCCUGCAUGUGGCAGAGUACCUCACUUACUACGGUGCGUUCUUCCUCUACUCGGGCCUGGCUCUGCUGGGCUUCCUCUUUAUCUUCAGCUGCCUGCCCGAGACCAAAGGCCAGCAGCUGGAGGACAUAGAGGCCCUGUUUACGGAGCAGCUGUGCACCUGUGGGAACUCUGGCGCCUCCCACAGACACUACAUCAGGCCCCAAAUGGAGUUAACCCAAAUGCACUAUGGAUCGCUGAAACGAAAUACCGCUGUUUCAUACAUAACAGUGAGUAAUGCAAACGCACAUUAAUGGACAUGGCACAACUACAUGAAUAAUAACAGUAGUUAUUGAAGCCUUAUUCUGCACUUUACUAAUAGUUUUACCCUUCUUCACACCAUCAUUUAUCUUCAGUUGUCGUAGUGCUACAACAGUUCCCCCUCAUGGAAUGCAUUACUGGGAACAAUACAGUGUAAGUAGCUUUCUUGAAGACAGAAGGCCUCUGUUUCUGUUAGUUUUCUUUCUUUGGUUUGUUGAUUUUUGAAUUUCAAUCAUUUUUGCCUUUUGCAGAACACAUGUUGUCGCUGCUUUUGGAGUAGGCCUACUCUGUGUAAUUUAACUGAUAUGUAUUAUUUUCUGGAUGGCAUUUUGUUGUUUUGGAAGCAGUCCUCUUAAUACACAGCCACAGGGAUCCAAUUGUAUUGUGCAAUGCAGUGUAUGUUGCUAGUUUCUAACAGUGAAAGGCUAUGAUCUGCCAUUUAUCAAAGGGACGGUUUAUUUAUUUGUCUAGAUGAAUGAUUGCAUAUUUGGUUUUAGUUGACCACAUCAUAAAGUCUGUAUAGGAUUUCUCUCGAAAAUGUAUAAGAUAAUGAAUAAUUAUUUCUGUCCAUUAAAUUUUGAUAUUGA